CGAAUUGCUAUGACUAUGUGUCUUGGUGAAAGGAUGCAGCAAGACAUGACCAAGAUUUUUAUUUUCUUCGAGGAAACUACUAGCUUUGAUGAAAUCCAGGCUUCGUCGAAAUUGCCUGAUAGCGGAAAGCCUAUAGUAGCCGUCCUUGGAUCUGAUCUGAUGAACAACCCGAAGUGCUAUGUCGUCGUCGAAAAGAGAUGUAUCAGCCCUGAAAAGAUCUCCCCAUUCAAAGCUCUCAUGCUGACUUUCAUGGCUUACUUUGUAUUCAAAAUCACCUACCCACAAGAAGUUGGUGGCCUGCUUGAAUUCUUCCAAAGGGCUAUCUACGACAUCAAGGGAGAUGAAACUACAAAGAGUAGUAGCAGGGUGGAAAGAAGAAAGUCAGCAAAAGGAGUGUUGUUCAAAAAUCCACCAAUGAUUUCUCCACAAUUCAAAACGUUAAUGCGGGAUUUUGAUAAUUAUCGGAGCUUGUGGGGUAUUUAGAUUAUAGGGUAUUUUGAGCAUAUAAAUGUAUAUACUCAACAACUACCAAAUAAAUAUAGCAUUCAUAUAGUUUACGUCCUAGGUUAAGCAUGUAAAUCUGUACCUAAACACUACCGAAGAAAAAUAUCAUAAGUUUGAAAUAAAUGUAUCAUUUGCUAUCACUAAUUCAUUUCUAAUGCCAUAAAUUUGUUGAUGCGGGUAGUUCAAAUCACCUAUCACGCAGAUUGAAUUUACCUACACGGGUUGUAAAAUCCACUCUGUUCACCUCGGAGUUAUUUUUACCCUUCAACGAGGAUAAUCUUGAUUUAUGUCCCCACAUACUACGUAAAUUUAUCGACCCAAAAAAAAAAUAAAACUACAUACCCAUGGGUAGGCAUAUUUCUCUACCCAGACUAGGUAACAAGGCGUUGCACCACCCACA